AUGGCCACAUACCAAUACCAUAACACUUUGUCUUUCUUGAUCCCUCAUGCAGAUCCUUUACACUUGAGCUUUCAGCCGUUUCUCAACAAGGAAGGUACCUUGAAAUUUGAAGAUGGAUCUGGUACAGACCUUGUGAGUGGUCAAAAAAUGGCUGAUUCAAAUCAUAUAUAUGAGCAUCCACUUGUGGCAGUGGAGUUUGACACCUUUUGGAAUCAAUAUGACUAUGUAGCUUCACCCAACCCAACCCAGACGCAGAUGCAGACUCUGGGUUUGUUGGUGGCUCCUGUUCUUGGAUUCUACCACAGGUUCCUCCGCUUCUCUCUCCGAUUCCUUCUCCUCAUGCUCAUGGAUAUCCCUUCCACCUUCAACUUCCUCACCCAACUCACUGAACUCGGUUGCGGGUUUCUCCUCCUAGGUUAUGUUUCACGCAUCUUCAACCUCCUCGGACUCUUAUUAAUCUUCCUCUGUUGUCUCCGCUUUCUACGUUCUCCGCUCCUCUCCAAGGACGAGAAAUCGUCCAGAGACGAGAAUUUGAAGGAGGAAACAGAAAAUAAUAAUAUUAGUGGUAGUAAUUGGAGGGAGGAGAAUUUGGAGGACGAGGUGUUCGAUAUAAUGUCGCUCAGGAGCCUAGUGAAGGCGGAGAGGCAGCGGUUCAAUGCGGCGUGUGCGGAGAUUGAGAAGGAGCGGGGGGCAGCGGCGUCCGCGGCGGAGGAGGCGAUGGCGAUGAUCCUGAGGCUGCAGAGCGAGAAGAGCGCGGUGGAGAUUCAGGCGAAGCAGUUCCGGAGGGUGGUGGAGCAGAAGCAGGAGUACGAUCUCGAAGUGAUUGAGUCGCUCCAGUGGACGGUGGAGCAGGUGGAGUCGCAGAAGAACCUUCUCGAACGGCAGUUAGGGGUUUUGAGGGAGAGGCUGAGAGACUACAUCAAUGAAUACGAGAUUCAGAAGCAGCUUCAGGAACAGGAUCAGGAACAGGUACAGGUGCAAGAAUAUGAACCAGAAAAUGAACAUGAAACUGAACAAGGCACAGCCAGCGAUGUUGAUUUUCAUCCUGAAGAUGGUGUUGGUCGUGAUCGUGAUGAUGAAGUUGAUCGUGUUCGUGAUGAUGAUGUCGAUAGUGGUAGCGGGUACUUGAAUUUCUCUGUUGAAUAUGAUGAUGUAGAUGCUGCUUCUUCACAAUCUCCCUCUCCCUCACACACACCACAGCACUUUGUUGAUGAAAUAGCUACACAGGAAUAUAGGUUCAAAGUUGGUUCAGUCAGGAACUUCAAAUUCACUGAGAUCACAAGUCUGCUGUUCCAAGAUAUGAAGAUGGAAACUCCAUUGCUCCUACCAUCUUGUCAGAUGUCACUUUUGCAAUGGAAUGCUACAAGAUAUGGUAAUGGGGCAUCCAUUUUUACAACUUCUAAUGCAGCGGCAAGAAAAUUCCAGACUGAGGUUGAGUUGGACGGGUUGGCAUACAUGUCCCAACCUCUGUUUCAUUGCCCUUUAUUUAUUAGCUCCUGGCCAUCUUUUGUUGGUGAUUUCAACUUUGAUGGCAUAGCUGAAAUUCAAUUUUACACUAGAUUAAGAUGUUGUCAAACAAUGGACUGA